UUCAUUCUAUCAUAUGCGUUCUUCUUCCAUCGUCAUUCACUCACCAUUCUUCGACCAUCGUGAGUGGUUGUUCCCAGCGUCAGGCUGCUUACCCACAGGGAAGCAAGCGACAAGCCGGCUGAAGAAGACGAAUCGUCGCAUCGAUUGGUGUUUUACUCAACCACGCUUUGAAUUAGGCAAAAGAAGAGCUCAAAAUACUUUUUACGACCAGAGGAGCAACGUACAAUUAUGGAUUAUGGCCAUGGCGGAGUAUCCCGACCAGACAGGAUUCCAAUGAGGGAUGACUACCCGAGCACAGAAAACUUGUUGUCAACCGCUUCACCAGAAUCACCUCUUGUUUUCAUUGUCAAUCCUGAUUUUACGCUGGGACAGUUCUCUCGAGAAGCACGCGCAUACUCAGUCGACAAGACUCUGAGAGGACUACCAGCUACCGUAAAGUCAAAGAAAUAUCACGUCAGCCGAUACCUUGAAGACUUCGUUCUAGUUCUCAACGGUGAAAGUCACAUCUGCUGAAGAAUUCACGAAAGGUAAUGCUAUUAACGUCGUAGCUGGUGAAGAAUGGACUAGCAUGCAGUCAUUGGCUAAAACUGUUUUGUCUGGUCUUGGGGACACUUAUAUCGCUGUCAUCACAGCAACUGAUGCUGUUGCCACUGAGAAGGUGCCUUUUUGUUGUAGAAAAUUCAGCUGAUGUUCCUCUUUUUUUACAUAUGCUGUUCGCUCCUUGAAUGUCAUUGUUUAUAGAAAUUUUCUAUCUGUGAUGUCAAUUUUUUUCGUUUUCUUAUUUCCGCUAUUUGACUUAUAAGUUGAAAUCCUAUGUAUAAAAAUCAUUGGUAAUUUUAAGCCAUUCCAGUUACCGAUUAUGGUAACCAUUUCUCAAAGGCAGAAUUUGACACAAGUUCUGCAGUUUUCAUAGUUUCUUAGAAUGAUUUGAAUUGUCAUUGCCUAGAUUAUUCGAAAACAUUCAUGAAUUGUGCUACUUAUAAUCAUUUGACUUCUCUGCUAGAAUCGUGACCCUGAGU